AUGAAUCAAACUCAACCGAAAUUAGGAAAUGGAUCUUACAUUCCACCAAAUAAGCGGAAUAAUUCAGAAGGAUCAGAAGUGAGUCCACAAAAGAAAACGGCUGUUGAAAUAACGAGUGGAGUUGGAAGAAUUGAUAUUGGUGGAAGAAAAAAUGCGGAACCAGUUGUUGAUAUGAAGAAAAUCAAAGAAAACAAACCAAAAUCACCAAUUUUCAAACUUCAACCUCGUGUGCUUACAAAGUGAGUUUCUCUGUAAAUUUUUUGGGUUUGAAAUUGAUUUUUAUUGCAGACCGAAAGGACUCCCUAAUGAGAACGAAGAAAAGUCACAUUGUCACGUUGAUAUGAUCUACAAUAGGCUCAAAUGCAGUUUUGAAGAUGGAUUAUCAAAAUGGAUGUCGAAUUAUCAACAAUCCUUCAAUCAAUAUUUCAUUGGGUGCAUUCCAAACUUCAUUGAGCCUCAUCUUUUUGUUAAUACUAAAUUGACAAAAGAUGAUUAUAAUAUGUCAUGAAUUAUCAAAGAAUUGGAAUCGAAUCCAUUAUAUUUGGGCGCAACUUAUGGAUGUCAUCCACAUCAAGUCAAAAGGUAAGGUUUUUUUGAAAUAACAAUUUUUGAAAUGUUAAUUUUUUAGUUGGGCUGAUAAAGAGGUAUUCUGGGACACUUUGGAGAUUCUAUUACCUCAUAAAAGAUCGAAAUGUAUUGCUGUUGGAGAAUGUGGAAUCGAUCUUAACAAGUAAGUUUUACUCAUGAUAUUUUAUCAAAAAGGGAUAUAAAAUUUUGAUAAUUUUGCAGAUGUGAUUCACCACUGGAUCAACAAAGAUAUGCAUUUCGUCGACAAAUUCAACUAGCCUUCAAGUACGAUAAGGCUUUGGUGAUUCAUUGUAGAUCGGGUCCAAAUAGAGAUGCCGAAUCGGAAUGUCUUCAAAUUUUGGAAGAGGAAUUGAAUCGACCGGGACAACACUGAUAUUUGCGAAUUCAUCGACAUUGUUAUACGGAAAAUUGGGAGAAUGCCAAAAAAUGGAUUGAAACUUGCCCCAAUAUUGUAUUUGGUUACACACCAGCAGUCUUCAAUUUCACCGGAAGACAACUCGACGCAAUUCGAAAUAUUCCGCUGGAUCGAAUUAUUUUGGAAACCGAUGCACCGUAUUUCGUACCAUCGAUGUGCAAAGACGUUUUGCCACGCAUCAAUUUACCAGGAACCGGUGAGCGGCACUACAUUUGAGUUCUUUUUUUCAUCAAAAUCUAAUAUGUAUUUCAGCUGCAACUGUUGCACUUCAAAUCGCCAAAUACAAAAACAUUCCAGUCGGCGAAGUCAUGCGACACGCCCUUUUGAAUACCAGAAGGAUAUAUUCUUUAUAA